GGCGGGGCGGGCCCGAGCGGCGCGGAGCAGGUAGGGGUGGCGGGGCUGGGCCCGGGGCUCGGCUCAGAGAGGGGCCGGGGUCAUCCCGAUCCCGCUGCCAGGCUGGGCCCUGGCUGACGGGGGCGUGUCGCGGCCCGGCCCUGCGCAGGCCGGAGCCCUGCAGCGCCGCGGGGGUCCCGCACAGGCCUUGCUGAGCUCGGGCGCUCGGCCCAACCCAGCCCGGGCGGGAAGGGCCCCGGGGGCCAAGUGCGUGACUCUGCUCUGCCUCCUCAGCGGGAGCCAUGGCUGCGCCGUGGGAGGACGUCCUGCGGAACGAGGCGGCCGUGCAGGAGGCGGCGCGGGUGGCCGUGGACGCGGCGCUGCUGGCGGGCGUGCUGAUGCGGACCGAGGGCGAGCCCAACGCCUCGGAUGUGGUGAAUUACGCUCCCUUCACACUGCUCCCAUCUGCAGUACCAAGUGCCCUGUUUGAACAAGCGUAUGCUGUUCAGCAAGAUUUUAACCUGCUGGUGGAUGCUAUUAGCCAAAACAAAGAAUUCCUGGAGCAUACUCUGGCCAGCACCAUCAAGGUAGAUGACUUCACAGCUCGGCUCUUUAGAAUCUACAUGCAAGUUCUGGAGGAAGGCUUGGCUCAGUCUGUGUUUUUAGGCAUAAACCGCUCUGAUUACAUGUUUGACCGUGGGGUAGAUGGGACACCAGCUCUGAAGCAGAUAGAAAUAAACACCAUUGCUGCCAGCUUCGGAGGCCUUACCUCCCGCACUGUGGCGGUCCAUGGGCAGGUGUUGAAAGUGCUGGGAAAAUCUAAGGAGGCAUCACGCCUGCUGCCCAACAACCCAUCGAAAGGGCUUGCCUUGGGUAUUGCGAAAGCCUGGGAGCUCUACGGUUCACCAAGUGCUGUGGUGAUGUUUCUGGUGGAGGAAGUCCAAAGGAACAUUUUUGAUCAGCGAUGUGUAGAAAAUGAGCUUUGGAACAGGAAUAUUCGAGUCAUCAGGAGGCGAUUCAGAGAUGUGUUUGAAAAGGGGUCUCUGGAUGAUGCCAGGAGGCUGUAUAUGGACGGCCAGGAGGUAGCAGUGGUGUACUACAGAGAGGGCUACGUGCCAAAGAACUACGACCAGCAGAACUGGGAGGCGCGGUUGUUGCUGGAGAGAUCGAGGGCAGUGAAGUGCCCUGACAUUGCCACCCAACUGGCAGGCACCAAGAAGGUCCAGCAGGAGCUGAGCCAGCCAGGGACACUGGAGAAAUUGCUUCCCGGACGUGCCGAGGCUGUCGCUCGAAUAAGAGCAACGUUUGCUGGACUCUAUUCCCUGGAUGUGGGCGAAGAGGGUGACAAGAUAGCUGCCAUGGCUAUCGCUGACCCCGACCGGUUUGUGCUGAAGCCGCAGCGAGAAGGUGGAGGGAACAACCUCUAUGGUGAAGAGCUCAGGCAGGUUCUGGAGAAGAUCAGAGACAGCCCUGAGAGAACCUCCUACAUCUUGAUGGAUAAGAUCAAACCACAGCCAGCAAUGAAUUACUUGCUGAGAGCCCACAGUCCCCUACAAGUGUCCGAGUGCAUCUCGGAGCUCGGUAUUUUUGGUGUCUACAUCAGGCAGGGCGAGGAGAUGGUGAUGAACAAGGCCGCUGGCCACCUCCUGCGGACAAAGGCCAUCGAGCACGCGGACGGCGGGGUGGCGGCGGGGGUGGCGGUGCUGGACACUCCUUACCUGGUGUGAGGAGGCGAUGCCUUGUUCCACCUGACCUCACGCUGCUGCUCCAAGAGCUGAUCUGCCACGGGGAUGUUCUCCUUAGGGUGUGCUUACCAAGGGCUGAUGUGCUGAGGACUUGUGAGGAAGGACUGCGUGGACACAACUGCUCCAGGGCCCUGUGUGCCAGCCCCAGCUUCUCCUCUGCAACUCCUCCUGCAGGAAGAAGGGAGGCCCUUGCUCUGCCUGCUCAGGGGGCCCUGCCCCGUGCGUGUCCCAGCUGCAGCCUCCCAGCACUGGGUGUUCCUUGGGGUCUAGCCGCCGGGCGGGAGUGUGUACAGCCAAGCUGAGGGGUGAAGGAUGAAUGUGCCACAACGGGCACUCCUGCUGUUGCCAGUUUUGUGCUCCUUCAUGCUGCACCUGAUUUCUGGAGAUGCAAAAACCCAAAGCCUGGGAACUGGGAGGAGAAAGGUAGAUGUGGGAUUUGUCCCAGUGCCUCAGUACUGCCCAGGUUAAAGGGGGAAGCCCAGCUCUACAUGACUGUAGCCCCUCCAGCCCUCCUUCAAUGCUCCUGCCCCGAUUUCUACUGUUCUCUGUGCCUGAGGAUCCUCAGGGUUCCUGCACAAGGGGCAGCUGCCCUUGUUUCAUUUGCCCGAGGGCCUCUUGCUUUUGCUUUGCCCAACUCCUGUUUUUAUUGGCUUGGGUGCUCCCAAACGGCACCUCUGUGCUACGCAAGGCAGGCAGAGGUGCAGAAUGCAUCUGGCAGGCCCUGCUGUCCCCAUGGGAGAGCUGCACCGGCUCCCCCGUCUCCUCCAGCCUCGUCCAACAGAUGCCCACGGGCUGGCACAAGAAUCCCUCGAUGGUGGUAGAUCCCAGCGCGAUGCUGAACUGGAGCCUCAUGUCACAGCCCCUGUUGAUAACCUUGUGCCAGUGCAUCACGCUGAGCGUUGUGCAUCUGCAGCCCAAGAGUAACGUCAGGGAGCCCUGACCUGGGUAAUGGUCCUGCUGGGAUGUGGGGCGGGCCGACACUGGGAGCGCUGUGGCAGGGAAGUGAUGGAAUUGCAGUUCCUAAGGGCUUUAAUCUGGGACCAGCACCGGCGGGUGGUGAGAUGCAUCUCCCUCCAGGUUUUUUAGACUCUGUGGGAACGGUGUGGUGUUGGUGGGAUGGAGGAGUGUGGACUCCCCAUCCCAUGGGCUUUGCCUCUUCCUCCAGCCCCUCUUCCUCCUCAGUCCAGCAGCUGAAGGCGGAAUGCAGAAGAUGCCCCUUUCCAGCGGUGCCCUGGUAAAGCACCCAGGCAGCCUCAGCUCUACUUUUUUUUCUUUUUUUCUUUUAGCGAUACCAGAGGGAAGCAGUGUAAAGCCAAUUAUUUCUGAAUAAUGAAAGUGCUGAUUGACUGUGCCUGCACCCUGCCGGGCUCACUGCCACUGUCCCUGUGUGGUGGCACCGGGUGCUUCACUUACCACCUUGGAAAGAGUUCAGUUCUGUGAGCGUGACUGAUUCUGGGAUUCCUGGGUGGUGGUUUUGUUGCCGGGAGCGGGGGGGUGGUGGUG